AUGUGGCCGGUUCGGUGCGCGGCGAGGAGUCUCGGUGGCUCCCUGCUCCAGCGAACGCGGGCGGCGGUCGCCGGGGAGGGACGCCGGCUCGUGCCAAGCACGUUCAUGCGCCCGCGCCAGCUCUCCGGCGAGGUCUCCAGCGAGCGAUCGCAGGUACCGGAGCGACUCCUCCUCGAGACAGGCCGGAUCAUGCGCAACCGCCAGCUCGCCAGCGAGAUAUCCAAGAGACUACAGGAGCCGUCUGCCUUGGAAUCUGAGGUCCAGUGCAGGAUGGAGGCGCUUCUUGCAUCGUGGCAUAACUUGGAGGAGCUUCACAAGGAAGCAGCACCAGAUGCCUUUGAGUUGUAUGUGAAGGCCUAUGGAAAUGCGGCUAAGGCUGUGGUUCGUGGAGCUGCCAAGGCGUUGCUUUAUUUCUGUAUGAUUAGUUCCGUUAUUUUGGGUGACAAGUAGAAGCCCAGGCUGCUACCAAGGAAAACCAGUGAAGACAAGAUAAGAAAAAAAAGGAGAACCAAUGAUGGCCCCAGCUUGUUUUCAGUUUAAUUAUGACCUGUGCUAUUACAAACAUGGAAGUUUGGCUAGCUAGCACUGUGCUAUCAUGCAUUGUGAUAUUAAAAACAUGGAAGUUUCACUCUGAAAACUAAUUGUGUGAUGUCUUGUAUAGAU